CGCGCUGCGCGUUCUCGCGGUUCUGAUCAUGGAGCUGUCCGCGGUUGGGGAGCGGGUGUUCGCGGCGGAGUCCCUGCUUAAGAGACGCAUCCGGAAGGGACGCAUGGAGUAUCUGGUGAAGUGGAAGGGAUGGUCUCAAAAGUACAGUACUUGGGAGCCAGAGGAGAACAUUCUGGAUGCCAGAUUAGUAGCAGCAUUUGAAGACAGGGAGCGACAAAGGGAGAUGUAUGGUCCAAAAAAACGAGGCCCUAAACCUAAAACUUUCCUCCUGAAGGCACAAGCCAAGGUAAAUGCAAAGACCUAUGAGUUCCGUAGUGAAUCUACUCGUGGAGUUAGGAUACCAUAUCCUGGUCACCCCUCUCAGGAGCUGCCAUCCAGAUCCAGGAAAGGAUUACGGAGCAUAAACACCUCUUCCCAGGGGAGCAGUGCAACCAGAGGAGACCUCUUCAGUGAGAAGUUAGGGAGGACAGAAAUUACAGAAGAACAUUACCCAAUGAAAAUUAAAAGGAAAAAGAAACACCACCAUGACAGUGUAAAAGGACUUUACAAUGUAAGCACCCAGGCUAUUAGGACUUCAGCUACCAUUUCCUUAAAACAACUAGAGACUAUCAAUGGAUCUGCCAGAACACAUAAUCCCAGUGCAGAAAAACAUCAUUCUACUCACAGUGUCAUCAAGUUAGCAAGACGUCAGGACACAGAAUUGAUUUCUUCCAACCAUGCAGGUCCUGGCUUCCUGCACAGGGAACAUGGUUUUAUACAGACUGGGCAAGAUAUCCAGGAGCAGCUUAGUAUUGACAACCGCCCACUCAGAGUCGACUUUGUGGCCUCCACGUUCAAAGAAUCAAGUGUUUCAAGAAGCAGGCACAGCUUGGGAUACCAGGAACAAAUAUCUGACUUCUACAGGGGAGCAAUGGGAACCCAUGGUGGGAAACCCUCCCUCAUUGCAAGAAUACCUGUCGCUAGGAUCUUGGGGGAACCUGAAGAGGAACCAUGGAGACCCCCAGUGGAGAACUUAGAGAAAGUGGUGGUGACAGAUGUUACUUCAAACUUUCUCACUGUUACAAUAAAGGAGAGCAACACUCAUCAAGGUUUCUUUAAGAAGAAAAGAUGAGAUUAUUUUUUUUGUCCCCUUUAUACGUAUAUAUUAUAAACCGCUAUACACAUACAAAUACAAGUACAUUCUUGUACCGGCUUCAUUUUGUUAUAAUAUAACCUGCAAUGCUUAUAGAGAUUACAGUGUAAUCUGUAAUUGAGCAUGUUAAAAGGCUUGAUCAGAAUAGGAUAUUUGUACAAAUGCUGAUCACCAGUGCAUGUAAGAGAUGGCAGGCAACAAUAAUCAAUGUAUUCCUAUUCAUUCAAAAACCAGUAAUACUUUCAGCCACAUGGGUCAUAUGUGCAGGUGUUCUUGUCACCUUCCUGGGCACACUCCUUUUCUCUGCCACCUCAGUUGCUUACAUGUAGUCCCAGUCACUCUGCACACUCCUUUUCUCUGCCACCUCAGUUGCUUACAUGUAGUCCCAGUCACUCUGCACACUACUUUAUGAAGUUCAGGCACAAAUACCCAUAAAUCUAAGUGGCACAAUGACAUUUUUUUAAAAAAAAAUGUUGCAGAUCUUCUCUGUGACAGUGUAGGAAAAAAGCCCUGCUUGUUUUAUCUGUUUGUUGUAACAACUGAUUUCUGAAAAUGUUUUGUAUUAGCUGUAAAUAUGCUAUUUAAAAUAAUAUAAUUCUGCCAAAACUAUAAAUCCAUCUGUUCAUCUCUAAA